UACCUUAGAGGCAUAAGCUGCGACGAUGACAGGGGACGCAGCUGCCGCCGAGCGAGAGGGAGCCGACAGCUAGCUGCAAGCCGCUCCCACCCCUGGACAAAAGCGCCCCUCUGCGUAGGCCACGUUGCCCUGGGUGACCUUGCUUGGAUGCAGAGUCCGCCCCUGCGCGCAUCUUCCUCACACGCUCUGAAAGCCCAGGGACUGGGCUGGGAAGACCAGGGAUGCCGGGCUGCAGCCGCGCAGGGCUCGCCUUUGUCUGCGCAUAACCAGGAGAGGCCUCGGAGAUAACAGCACUCACCGCGGAGAACUCAUCCCUGCUCUGCUUCCAGCAGUGCCUCGUCUCAGAUCCCAUGGGGACAACAGAAGCCACACUCCGGAUGGAAAACGUGGAUGUGAAGGAUGAAUGGCAGGAUGAAGGUCUUCCCAGGCCACUCCGGGAAGAGACAGGAAUGGACGCACUUGUCAGUCCAGCGGAAGACACGUCCUCCCCUCCCAACACAUUGAACUUCAAUGGAGCCCAUCGUAAGCGAAAGACACUGGUCGCCCCAGAGAUCAACAUUUCCCUGGAUCAGAGUGAGGGCUCCCUGCUGUCAGACGACUUCUUGGACACCCCUGAUGACCUGGACAUCAAUGUGGAUGACAUCGAGACCCCCGAUGAGACUGACUCACUGGAGUUCCUGGGGAAUGGCAAUGAGCUGGAGUGGGAAGAUGACACCCCCGUGGCUGCUGCCAAGAAUAUGCCCGGGGACAGCGCGGAUCUGUUUGGGGAUGGCACGGCCGAGGAUGGCAGUGCCGCCAAUGGGCGCCUGUGGCGGACGGUGAUCAUCGGUGAACAAGAACAUCGAAUUGACCUGCACAUGAUCCGGCCCUACAUGAGAGUGGUGACCCACGGAGGGUACUACGGCGAAGGUCUCAAUGCCAUCAUCGUCUUUGCUGCCUGCUUUCUCCCGGACAGCAGCUCUCCUGACUACCACUACAUCAUGGAACACCUCUUCCUGUACGUCAUCAGUAGUUUGGAACUCCUGGUGGCGGAGGAUUACAUGAUCGUGUACCUGAAUGGUGCCACCCCCCGGCGGAGGAUGCCUGGCAUCAGCUGGCUGAAGAAGUGUUACCAGAUGAUCGAUAGAAGGUUACGGAAAAACCUGAAGUCCUUAAUCAUCGUCCACCCGUCCUGGUUCAUUCGCACCGUGCUGGCCAUCUCCCGCCCUUUCAUCAGUGUCAAAUUCAUCAACAAGAUCCAGUAUGUACACAGCUUGGAAGAUCUGGAGCAGCUCAUCCCCAUGGAACACGUGCAGAUCCCAGACUGCGUGCUACAGUAUGAAGAGGAAAGGCUCAAGGCCAGGAGAGAAAGUGCCAGGCCACAGCCGGAGUUCGUCCUGCCCAGGUCAGAGGAGAAGCCAGAGGCGGCACCGGCGGAGCACAGGUCUGCUCUGGUCACAGAAGAUCAGGAAACAAGCAUGUCCUGAGGUGAUGAGAGGACAGAGAAGAAUAUGAAAGAAAAUACCAGAUGCCAAGAAACCUCUUUCAGAUGCCCUCUGGCCCUGGAUCUCAUCCCCACCUCAUCCUGAAUCCCAGUCGUCUGAGGGUGCCUCUCUCCUCCACCCAUCUCUGAAACCCAGCAUCCUUUUUAGCUGCUUGAAAACAUUUUUAAAUGAUGCAGUAGAAGUGUAUUCUGGACAAGAAUCCGGUUCUCAGCCCCUCACCCUUCCAGACUCAUGAGCUCACAGCCCAGAAGAGAGACAAGCACAGGGCAUGGCGCAUGUGUCCUCAGUGGCCUCAGAGUCCCCUCCCACUGCACAAAGCCUUGGUUUAAGACCCUUCUCUUGCUUGACACGUGGCCCAGGUUGCAGCCAUAGAUGCCCACUGGCUCCUUGGCUUGAUCUGGAAUUUGUUCCUGUGCCUUUCCUCCCAGAAUGACCCCCGUGAUCCUGGGCAUCUGGCCAGGAAGCUCAGCCCCAAACAGGGCUGUGCCCUGGGCACCUUCAACUUCACAGCUUUUCAUUUGACUGGCCUCCUUUGUCUCUUAUGACACCCACAUCUGAUUUGGGGGCGUUGGAGCCCACAGCACAAGUGAGAGCUUCCACGAAUCAUCCAUGUCCUGCAGUCACAAAAACACACAUGCCCUCUCAAUCUAGAACAUUCUCAAGCCCCUUUAACACGGAUGCCAUGCCACAGGGCAAUCCGAUCAAUACCUCUUAACCUAAGGGAAUGAGCUGUCCCCACUUCUCCAAUCCCCCCUAACACAGAGUUGGGAUGUGCCCCUUGGGCUCCCACCAAGAGCAGAGGCUGAGAAGCCAGCUCUGAAAUAGGCUCAUCCUGGAAACAUAGACAAAGAAAAAGGAAGAUACGGGGUAUUGGAUGUGUGUUUGUUUCGAAGGUCACCUGGGAAUAUAAAUUUCAGUGGACUGGAUACUAAAGCCACCUGCAUUCUAAGAAGAUAGACUCUUCUAAUAAGGUCCAAAUAUGAGUCAAGUUGUUUCUAUAGGUAGUGAGUUCCCUGUCUCUGGGAGUAUUUAAGAAAAGGCUGGGCGGUGCUUGCAGAAACUGGUCUUCUGUACCCCCUCCAAUCCUAAGAGUCUCUAUUUCUACGAAUCUGAGCAAAAGUUGAGCAGGCACACACUCCGGGCCCCUCUUGCUUGCUCUGUAGCUGGCUUCUUGGCUGGGUGUCUUCUCAGUUCAUUUGAACCAACCCAAUUUCCAAGUAUGAGUUUCUUGGCCUCAGCGGAUAUGUCGAAUGCUUCUCAAAUUGGGAUGGCAAGGAACCGUGUCUGGAACUAUCCCAACAACAGGAGGGAGCUAGUGGCAUGUAGUACUAAGGAAAGGAAUGCCCGGUGCUUUGCCGCAUCAAGGAACUGCCCCAAACGCCGGCAGCUCCUGCCUUGAAAAAUGCCAGGUUUCUGAGCCGCUUUGGGCUGCGUAUUCUGGGACCCAGCAUUGUCCUCAUGAGGCCAGGACAUUGGGGACCUAGUGGGGCUUUUUAAUUUGUAGUUCCGCUCUUCCCUAAAUGUCAAAUAAAGAACAGGGACCCUGUUCUGGGCCAAGGGGAAUCACCUGAAACCUGAGGCAGCAGAGGUUGGUGGAUGGGCCUCUCUAGGCUGCCCUCCGAAAAGCCCGGCCCUAAACUCCAGGUUCAAGUGACCAGCCUUGUGCAUCUGAGACCGACAUGGUCCUGAAAGACCCAAACGCCCAUCCCAGUUAUGCAGUACCUCCUGGAAGGCAGGUGCCUUGAGGCAAGGACAAAAAGAAAAAGGAGCCAGGGAUAGGAACCAAUUCAUCCUACCCAAUCCCAUGAUUACUAAAUGCCUGCAGAGGCCACAGACAGACAAAGGUGCUGACCCCAUUCAGGCCUCGAGGGCCCUGCAGGCUAAAGAUUCUGGCUGCACAAGAAAUUCUAACAGGUUCAACACCCCUCUGGACCCCCAACACCACAACCAACCAACCAGCAAGCAGAACCAAGCCACAGCAGUCCUUCCAGAACAAAGAGAGACCCCUGAGUGAACUGUCUCUAGGUCAGCCACCUGUCUGCAGCAUUGCUCCAAGCCAAACAGGUCCACCAUGCCUGGCCAGGCCGCUACCUGCACCCUCCAAAAUUGACUUUGCGAAAGAUUUGUGUCUGUGGGGGCAGUUUUGGCCAAAACGCAAUGGACCCGGAUCCCUUGUCGUAAAGGAACAUUGGAUUUUCCUCCGUGACACAUGGGGAGUAAGUCCUGCCCCAAAGGCCAAGUGCACACUCCCAUCCUUCCCAUGGCCAGUUUCACAGUUUUUAAAGACAAAAAAACAAAAACAAAAAACCCAAUUCAUUAUUACUGUUGUGAUGUGAGAACAUCAUUUCCAUAAA